AUGACAUUUGCUAUCCUGUUUUUUCAAUUUAUCCUGCGGCACGGCGUGCCUCCCCCCACAAAGAAGGGAAGCUGCCUGCCUGCCCGGGCUGUCUUGCUUGUGCCGGAGCACAAUGUUCCUUCCCUGACACAAGGCUGGCUCUCUCAACCUCUCCACUCCGACGUCACUGGCUCUCGGCCGCUUCUGCGUUUCACUCCAUCUGGAGACUUGUGUCGCUUACCUACUCGCGUGGUUGCCGCUUUGCAACUUACGCGUCCUUGUACCAUGGCGGAGAAAGACCAUUGGAACAAAAAAGUGAGGAAGGAGUAUGUCCAGAAAGCACUUCGGGUCGUUCAGCCGCAGCCAGAGUAUCCUUCGGAAAAGGCCCUCCAUGAUUACGUCCAUGAGGUCCUGUCCAACAGCGAGAAAUUUCCUUUGCCGAGUUUUGCAGCGUUCACGCGGGAGAGUAUCCUUAAUGUCCUCACAGUGGAUGUUCAAAGGCGCUUGGUGGCGAGUAGCCAGACGAGGGUUACGGCUGCUCCUAUGACGAUUGGAUCUGUUAAGGAGGAGGAGAAGGUAAUGAAUACGGCGCCGCAACAAGUGCGCCCGGAACUCGAGAGGGAACAAAUUAAAUGCGCUGAAGCUCUGAAGCUUAUAAGCUCCGCACAGCAGCUCCUCGACGACGCACUGAAGAUUCUGCAAUCUUGCUCGACGCAACCCCACGAAGAAGUUCACAGCAAAAGACAUGACACCGUCAACAGCAAGCAGGCAAAUUCGGCGGACAAAUACCACUCCACCCCUACCUCGAUCUUGCCGGAAACCUCGACCUCCACCAACCAAGAUUUUCACAUCAAGGACUACGAUCCUACAGUUUCCAAAUCGGGUGCUGGGAUUCACAAGCAGUCGAAUGCUGGAUCUCGUGCUGGUUCGCAUGCUUCGAUUCACUCACUGGGGAAAAAGCGCAAACAGGACGCGGUAAUGGACACUGGAGACAAAUCGGCAAUCACCACUGUCAAGAAGGGGCCAUCUUCUCCGGUUGACUUAUUACAGCCCAGAAAGAAAAGUCGUCCGCAUAAGAAGAAACAGUUCAUUAAAAAAGAGGCUGAGCAACAAUCCAACGAGUCUACUCAACUUCGAGCACAACUACCAAUACUUGUCUCGAUUCCAAAAAUGGCCGGCGACGUCUCAGUAUAUUGCUCAGAUGCACAUCAUGAUAUACAAUCAACGACAACGCUUCCUAAGUCUCUUUACAAUUCGAAAGCUUCAUCCGGUAGACUUGUCAACCUGUGA